CCCAAAGACGCGGGGCCGGGUCGCCGCCACCGCCACCGCCUCCACGGGCGCUCCCGUCCGCCCGCGUCCGGCCACCUGGUCUUCCCUCGGCCCCGGCCACCUCAGAGUCCACGAAAUGAAACCAGGACGCUUAUGGCUGCAUCUCGUGCUGCUUGGGGCCUCUCUGCCCUCUGGGCUGGGAUGGAUGGACCCAGGACCCAGCAGAGGCCUGAACAUGGGUGUGGGUGAGCCACAGAUGGAGGAGUCCAGAAGCUUUGAAGUCACAAGAAGAGAAGGACUUUCUGGCCACGAUGGGCUGCCAGCCUCCUGUGGGAAGAAGUUCUGCAGCCGCGGGAGCAGGUGCAUGCUCAGCAGAGAGACAGGGGAGCCCGAAUGCCGGUGCCUGGAGGCAUGUAGGCCCAGCUACAUGCCCGUGUGUGGCUCCGAUGGGAGGUUUUAUGAGAAUCACUGUGAGCUCCACCGAGCCGCCUGCCUGCUGGAGAGAAAGAUCGUCGUUGUCCACAGCAAGGACUGUUUCCUUAAAGCUGACCAGUGCACCAUGGCCGACUACGCCCGCCUGAAGAAUGUCCUUCUGGCGCUCCAGACCCGCCGGAAGCCGCUCCCAGAUGGGGACAGCAGAGGAGACCCAGCCUCCCAGAAGCGCCUCCUGGUGGAAUCUCUGUUUACGGACUUGGAUGCAGACGGGGACGGCCACCUCAGCAGCUCUGAACUGGCGCAGCACGUGCCGAAGGAGCAGGACCUGGAGGCAGACUUCCUGGGGUGCUCGCCCGGCGACCUCCUCCGAUUUGAUGACUCCAACAGUGACGGCUUCUUGACGCUCCACGAGCUCUACACAGCCUUCCGGGUGGUUCAGCUCAGCCUCGCGCCUGAGGAGAGGGUCAGUGUGACCACAGUGACCGUGGGGCUGAGCACCGUGCUGACCUGCGCUAUCCGUGGAGAGCUGCGACCACCCAUCGUCUGGAAGCGCAAUGGGCUUGCCCUCAACUUCAUGGCCUCGGAAGACAUCAAUGACUUCGGAGAGGACAACUCCCUCUACAUCACCAAGGUGACCACCGUCCACAUGGGCAACUACACGUGCCACGCCUCCGGCCAUGAGGAGCUCUUCCAGACCCACGUCCUGCAGGUGAAUGUGCCACCAGUCAUCCGCGUGUAUCCAGAGACCCAGGCACAGGAGCCCGGCGUGGCAGCCAGUCUGAGAUGCCACGCAGAGGGCAUUCCUAUGCCCAGAAUCACUUGGCUGAAAAAUGGCAUGGAUGUCUCCACCCAGAUGUCGAAACAGCUUUCUCUAUUAGCCAAUGGGAGCGAACUCCACAUCAGCAGUGUUCGGUAUGAAGACACAGGGGCGUAUACCUGCAUCGCCAAAAACGAAGUGGGCGUGGAUGAAGAUAUCUCCUCACUUUUCAUCGAAGACUCGGCUAGAAAGACCCUGGCAAACAUUCUGUGGCGAGAGGAAGGCCUCAGUGUGGGGAACAUGUUCUACGUCUUCUCGGACGAUGGCAUUAUCAUCCUGCACCCCGUGGACUGUGAGAUCCAGAGGCACCUCAGACCCACGGAGAAGAUCUUCAUGAGCUACGAAGAAAUCUGUCCCCAAGCGGAAGGAAAUGCCACCCAGCCAUGCCAGUGGGCCUCAGCCGUGAACGUCCGGCACCGGUAUAUCUAUGUGGCCCAGCCAGCACUGAACAGAGUCCUCGUGGUCGACGUGCAAGCCCAGAAAGUUCUACAGUCCAUAGGUGUGGACCCUCUGCCGGCUAAGCUGUCCUAUGACAAGUCUCAUGACCAAGUGUGGGUCCUGAGCUGGGGGGACGUGCACAAGUCCCAACCGAGCCUCCAGGUGAUCACAGAAGCCAGCACUGGCCAGGGCCAGCACCUUAUCCGCACGCCCUUUGCAGGAGUGGACGACUUCUUCAUCCCCCCAACAAACCUCAUCAUCAACCAUAUCAGGUUUGGCUUCAUCUUCAACAAGUCUGACCCUGCCGUUCACAAAGUUGAUCUGGAAACACUGGUGCUGCUCAAGACCAUCAGCCUGCAGAGCCACGGCUGCGUGCCCCAGGCCAUGGCCCACACGCACCUGGGAGGCUACUUCUUCAUCCAGUGCCAAGAGAACAGCCCUGCGCCUGCCGCACCCCAGCUGCUGCUCGACAGCGUCACGGACUCUGUGGUCGGCCCCAACGGGGACGUGAGUGGCACCCCACAUAUGUCCCCCGACGGGCGCUUCAUCGUCAGCGCGGCCCCCACCAGCCCCCAGCUGCACGUGCAGGAGAUCACACUGCAGGGGCGGAUCCGGACCCUCUACAGCUUGACAAUCAGCGCAGGCGUCUCGGACAUGGCCUUCCAGCCCUCCUUCACCCAGGGCGACCAGUACAACGUGUUCGCCACUGCGGAGACAGAGCCGGCCCUGCUGUUCCUGGAGCUGUCCACGGGGAAGACGAGCGUGCUGAAGAACCUAAAGGAGCCGCCCGUGGGGCCAGCCUGGCCUUGGGGAGGGCCCCGCAGGAUCGUGAGGGACAGCGGGCUCUUCGGACGGUACCUGCUCACGCCAGCGCAGGAGUCGCUGUUUCUCGUUGACGGGAGACAAAAGGCACUGCGCUGUGAGGUGGCGGGCAUCAGGCGGGGGACCACCGCCGUGUGGGUGGGCGAGGUAUGAAGGCCCCCGCACCGCCGCAGAGCCCCGGGCCACCGAGCUCCGCCUAGUCCUCACUCCGCAGCCCCCAGCAGGUGCCCUGUACAUUUUUACAGACAAAAGCAAAACUGUAUUCGCUUUGUGGUUCAACACUGGUCUCCUUGCAAGUUUCCUAGUCUAAGGUAUGCGCUGCUAACCAGAUUGGGGUUUUUCGUUCGGAAGUAUGAUUUACGCCUUGAGCUACAGUGAGAACACAUGCUACUGUGUCAAGGAAUCGUUUCUGUGCCCAGCUCCACGCCAUGGUACCUGGGGACGCCGUGGAGCCAAGAGUUCCUGCUUUCCAGGCUGACCUUUCUGUCGGUUGCCUUCAUGUACUCAUUGUCCCUCACCGCCGGGUCCGGCCAGGCUUCACCCCGAUGGAGUGGCCUGAAGCCCAGCCUGGAAACAGGCUCACCGGGAGCAGGGCUUGCGCUCCAGGCCUGAGAGCCACGUCCGCCCGCCUCCUGGACCUUCUUUUCUCCUGUGCAGCUGCUUCGUGAUUUCCUUUUCAUGUGACUUGGUGUAAGCCUGAGGGAGAGCCGACAGGACUUCUUGCAUCUUGGGGGAUGGGGAAAUCACUUACUUUAUUUUGGAAAUUUUGAUUAAAAGAUAAUUUUUUAUAAUCUCAAACACUAGUAAGCAGAAAGAUGCUCUCUGACAUCCAGCUCUGUUCCUCCCUGCCUCAGGCCAAGUCUCUGUGAGUCACCACCCCACGCCCCACAGCCAGAAGGAACAAUGGUCAUCCAAGAAUAACAGCCCUCCACACCAUGGACGCCCCAAGUGCAGCUCUGGCCACCACCUUGGCCAAGACUCUAUUCUGGGUUGGGACGCAAAGAGACCAGGACAAACCCUGCGUGCCUGUUUUUUACCACUGAAGGGGGAAGUUUUAUUAGCCAGGCCCAGUACCCCAGAUUCAGGACAGAUGGGGCUUGCCAGGCAAAGUGGGGGUGGCCUACAGAACAGUGACCUCCAGGCGCCACACAGGAACCCCAAAGACCCGUGCAGGGUCCAGGUGGGUUCUGUAGGCUGUUUUAAAAAUCCCUUUCUUUUCUGCCUGUGGCCCUCGAACUUCAGUCCCUGCUUCAACACAGCGCACAAAGCACAUUUCAGGACUUUCUUACACAUGGCCCCUUCUCGUCCCAGUAACACACACUGCAAAACCCAUAAUCCCAAGGAUGUGGGGUUAGGGGGAGGAUACAGGCAGGCAAUGCUGCAUGAUCCCCAAUGUCUCAGACUCUGCCGGGCUGGGGGCGGGGGGCGCAUUGAGGAAGUACAACCAGCCCAGCCGGCCCAAGGAAGACACCCCGUGUGGGAGAAUGUCUGCAAUGAAGAAGCUUCCCCGGGCCCCCAGAAGCCCCCUUUCUUUCUCCCUCACGUCAGUAGUCACAACAUACUCGUAUGCUUUCUGGCUUGAAUGACCGUUUUUCAAGCCACCUGAAGUUGGAAAAGGUGGUCCCCUCACAUACACCUCAGCGAGCGUAGCCCCCUUCACCUGGCCACGUGGCCGUGCUUUUCCUGUGCCGUUGAUCGCCAGCCCCGUUCAGGAGAAGGAAGACACACACCCUGCCUUGCUCUACUUAUGCACAGCUCCCCUUCACACUCACCUGACUGCCCCCGCCCCGAUUUCCUGAAAUCAGCCAAUCCCCUGGCAUCUCCCAUGUGUCUUGGUUCACCAAACACUUGUGCCCUCCAGCUCCCAAGACUGUGGCCAGAUGUGCCCAUGCAGACUUGAGAUUUUGUUCCAGGUAAAAUACAGAGCUACAGGCAGGGGAAUGGACUUCAAAGGCGGCCUACUCACUUUCACCAGAGCUGGGAUGGACAGGCAACACCUCUUACCCUCUCUUUUUAUUCCUGUCUCAGUCUCUUGACACCUUCACUUGCAAACUCCCACUUUUAUCGCUGAAAUUCUCCAACAUUCAUGAACUUCUCCCUUUGGGAAAAUCUUCUACACGGUGGCAGCCCCUGGCAGAAAAAAAAAAAAAAGUUGGGAUGAGCACUGGGUGUUAUACGCAACGAAUGCAUCAUUGAACACUACAUCAAAAACUAAUGAUGUACUACGUGUUGGCUAACUGAACAUAAAAAAUAAAUCAAGUCUCCGAGCCUACCUGAGGAAGAGACUACCAGCUGCCAGGCCAGAGCGUCAGCCCCUCUGGGUCAUGGGGUUCCUAAGUCAAAGACCGUCCAAUCCCAACUGGCCCUUUUGCACUGUGAGUGACUCUGCAGCCCCAAUCCUUCUGUUUCUAGGUGUGUCUGCGAAGUGUCUCUGCCCCUCGCUGACUCACUAUGAGUUUACCAGAGAGGCCGGCCCAGGCCCGACCAGCAUUCCGCACACUACCGCGGCGGAGCAGGGAGCCGCCCGCCUAGAAACUGAGACAUCUGCACCAUCACAAAGACAGCUUAGUAACUGCUUUCUCAGCAGAGCAACCAACAAAACUGCUGUGGGGGCUACGCAGGGGAAAGGCGGGCCAGGUCGCCCCCCACCGCUUCAAGCCCCAGAAGAGCCUCCCUGGGACACAGUUUGAAAGUCAGAGCGGUUAAGCCUUGCAGCCAGCCCAGCCAGUGAUCCUUCUACUAAACACAGGAGCUCAGCCAACAACAACUCUCUCACACUAAAGAAGCGUUCAUCUUACAUUAAAAAGCCACUUUAGUAAUGAACUACUUCAAAAUUACUCAAUUUUGAAAUAAAAUUGAUUUCACAAAAAUUCAACGUAGUAUAUUUUUUUUCAUAACAACUCACAAAUAAUCUACACCUUUGCUGAUAUUAAAGACUUGAAACGGAGGUGUGUGUGCCCCUUCUGCCCACGUGAGUGGAACCCUGCAUGGAGGCUCUGGGUCCAGAAAGCCCACCCAGCCUUGCACAGAUGGUUGGUAGUAAGAGGGAUUCGUCGGCUUCCAGGCAGCUGCGUGGACUCUCUGCACAGGAAGCCCGGGUGUGGAGGACAUGCCUUGUAAAUGCCACCCUCCCCACCCCUGCAACCUGCCUGGGGCUGGCCCAGGCUUCCUCCCAUGGUCUCCCAGGCAUCUGAGGGCCCUGCUACCUUCCCCAAGCCCCUGGAAGCGGCUGGAAGAGCCCCAUGAAGUCAGGCUGGGGCCAACCACUAAUACCAAGCUACAGGAACUUGGAUCUAGAGGCGUCAUGAGCAGAGACAGAAGCUCAGCCCCUACAAUCCCCACCUGACCCCACCCUGGCAUCUCCUUUCCUCCCUGCUCCUCUGUGCAGGAAGGGGCUCCCAGCUCCAGGUAGGGCCUGGAGGACAGCUCUCAACCCCAAAUAAAGUGGAGAGCCACCUGCUACCCUAAGCAAUCUAACUGCUGAGACUUCAUUUAGAAUAGAGAGCAGCCCAAAGUUGGCUUUGUGAGGCCACAACUUCUUUUCUGUCGACCAAUAACCUGUGAACUAAAGGAGAAUCCAGAAUGGAGACAUGAAACAGAUCCACUCUGGAUAUAUUUUUCUACCAGGGGCUUACGACGUCAUCCAUUCAUUUCUCGCUGUGUGUUUCACUCACAUACCGCAGACGCUGAACCGUCUUCAUCACCACAUCCCACAACCCUGUGUUGGGUCCUCCUCUCCAGAAGGAAGCCUCCGGAUCACUGAUACCACUCCCACUCCCUCCCACACACCUACCAGUCUACCUCACCUUCUCCUCCCUGCACCCAGCUCCUCUGAAAGCUGCCUCCUCACCCCAGGAAGCCCGACUGUGACAUAGGCUGACAACCACGCUGGUAUGCAGUCUUCUGCUGUCCUCCCCCACCCAGAACCCCAGAUCCUUCUCCAAGUGCAGUCAGAACCCACUGGGACACAGCCCUCUGCUGCCCAGAAUCACGACCCCCAUGCCCUGGCUCGCGGCCCUUCCAAGCGAGGUGACCGAGACCAGAGCAAACUCACAAUUGUCAGGGAAGUGGACUAUUGUCAAACAGAAACCGUCAGACAGGAAUACAGACGGUGAUGACUCACCCAAGCCUCAUCCCUUCGAGGGCCUGAGCUACACCUCCCUCAUUUCCAGUUUAUUCUCUGUUUUGCUGCACCCCGCCCCCGCGCCUCAGGCCUCCUGCACAUGAGCCGUGCCACAGCUCCUACAAUUUGAGAGGCAACUGACCUACUGUCACACCAGCCCCCCCAAUGGCCUUUGCCCCAUGCCGCUACCUUGCUUUCAAGUCCGAGUAAGAAGUCACUCACAGGGCCAGACGCCACGACUUGCUCCCAGACUACCACGUCGGCAGAGCAGUUCUGUUCAACCAAGUCAUCAACUACCAUGGUUUCUCUUCAAAAUCAGAGAGGUUUUAGAACAGAGAGAGGCUUAAAAGAUUCAAAGGAGGAAAUAGACGGUGCCUAUGCUCAAGGUCUGACGAUAAGACCCCAGAUCCCUGGUGGAGUGCAAGCCUCUUCCUGCUUUAGUCUACACCAGGCUGCCUGCCAGGUUACUUGAGAACUUGAGCAUCUUCUGGGAGCCUGCAGACUAUAGGCACCAGCCACCCAACUGACACCGGGGGCCCAGCAAGCAUGGUCUCACACCUUCUGUGGAGCUGUUGGCAGCAACGGGGAUUUAGCCAAACACAACGUGGGAGGUUACAGAAUGCAUGGGGAGAGCAGGGAUUGGCCUCCAGCACUGACAGCGAGGCCGAGUGUUGACCAGAGUGUUGACUGUGUACUUUCUGCUACUGUUCUUGGACAAACCCACAAUUCACACACCCCUUUUUCCAGGCUCGUCUUGACUAAUAUGGGACCAUCUCUCUCCUGUGGGGUCCUAGAGAACAUGGGCCACACUCCAGAGGGCUCUAGAAGGCUUAGCCUGCACUCCACAAAGCAGGAACUACUGACUAGCCCCUGCCCCCCGCAUGUCACCAGGGCAGGAUCGGAGAAUGCUGCCCUUUAGGGAUACACUCUUCAAGACUGGAACUUCGUUUCUGACGAAGGGCAACCAGUCUUGACCGAUCAUGGGGCCCAAGGGCUCUCCAACGAGAAAACUCCCAAAAUCUCACCCUCCGUCCACUGCCCAGGGUGACAUCUGCCAUCGGUUUAAGAGCUGUCGGUCCCUUGCUACUUGAACGGCUUUCAGACAGCUGUGGGAUAACAGGUCCAUAAACUGCUGCCCCAGACGCCACGGCACAGCCAGCCUGGCUCCUGACCUGGCCCCUGCCACGCCCCACUGUUCCCCCCUCAGCGCACACUCUCUGAAGGUCAUGCGAAAUGAUCUCAGAACAGAAGUGGGCACGGAGUGUGACGGGCGUGCUCACACGCUAGUGUAGUUGAGCAGCCCUCGACGUGGGAAGUCACAGGCGCACCCUUCGUCCCGUUAAGAUUCUCAUCCUCUCCCACCUCAGAAAACUUUCAGAUCUCUUAUUUCAAGGCAGAUACAUUAUUUUGAGCUGUUGUGUAGACACCAAAAUAUAUUUUCUGUAAUCACCAGUAUUUCUCAAAAGGCCUCCUGUAAUUACUAUACAUGUGAAGUUUUCCUUAUUUAUAAAAUAUAUAUAAAUUAUUUUUAAUACAUCAACUUUAGUAGAAAUUUGUACCAACACAGUAACUGUAUGUGGCAUAUGAAAUAAGUUCGUGUUUACUUUAACGUAUUGCACAGUAUUGAACACACCAUGUAACCGCAGUUC